AUGGAUUCUAAUUUUGAUCAUCCUCAAAACAAUGUCAACGAGGUUGAAACUCAUCUUGAUAAACUACAUGAAGAUAUUAUUUUGAAGUUAAAUGAAUGCAGUAAUUGUAUUAAAUCAGCUCAACAACUGUGUCAUCAAGCAACAGAAAUGGUUGCGGCUUUAGAAAAGAACAUAGGUAAUCUAACCAGUGCACAACAAGAAUGGAAUGAAAUCAAAGUUAAACUAGCGCAAACAUCCAUUCAAAAUAAAGUUAUUCUUGAUGUUGGAGGUGAGAAAUUUAUUACAUGUAUGGAAACAUUGACAAGAGAAAAAAAUACUUUCUUUACUGCUCUCUUCUCGAGUCAAUGGCAACUCGAAAAAGAUCCUAAUGAUGGCAGUAUAUUUAUUGAUCGUGACGGUAAAUUAUUCAAUCAUGUCUUGGCGUAUCUUAGAACGAAUAAAAUAUCAAAGGAUAUCCUCAAUAAUGAUUCACUUCGAGAACUUCUUGUAGCAGAAGCCGAAUAUUUUCAUUUGCAUAAUUUUCUGAUAUUGUUAACGGAUAUUUAUUUUCCAAAUGGAACAUUGCUUAAACUAGAAGAGAAGAAAAAACUAAAUGAAUUUUACGGUAAAGUUAAUCAACGAUGGGAUUUGAUUUAUAAAGCAACGCGUGAUGGAUUUGAUGCAAGUGCAUUUCAUUCACGUUGUAAUAAUACAGGACCAACCAUGACGAUUAUUCAAUCGAAUAAUAACUGUCGUUUUGGUGGUUACACAACUAUCCCAUGGAGUUCAGAUAAUUCAUACAGAAGUGAUGAUACAGCAUUCUUAUUCACCCUGGUCAAUCCACACAAUAUUCCACUGACGAAAUAUAUGAUCGGUGGUGGUACCAUAGCAUAUGCAGUUCAUCAUGGAUAUGAUCGUGGUCCAACGUUUGGAGGAGGUCACGAUAUCUAUUUAGCAAAUAGUAGCAAUUCGAAUAAUUCCAGCUACAUUGGUUUUCCGAUGGCUUAUGUUGAUACUACUGGAAAGGGUAAUAAAACAUUCACGGGAGCUUUUAAUUUUACUGCAGCUGACAUUGAAGUUUUUAGAUUAGUUUAA